AUGGCCGAGGAGGAGACCGAGCUGAACAUACUGAACGGCCGGUUCAAAUACGAUGCCAGAAAAUGGAACGGUGUUUCCAAGUCAUCGUUCGACUUUGUCUCCAAAUUGUUGCAAAGAGAUCCAGACCAACGCAUGACCGCGGAGCAGGCGCUAGCCCACCCGUGGGUUGCCGAGCGGGAGCAAUUCCCUUCCGGCACGGAAUCGGCUGGACUGGAUGCUUCCGUUGUUCACUCCCUCGCAGAGUAUUCCAGAGCCUCGAAAUUCCGACGAACGUGCAUGCAGGUGAUGGCUUGGUCCCUGAACAAUGCAGAAAUGGCAGAAGUCCGUGAGGCCUUUAUGGAGUUGGACGUGCAGAAAACUGGCGCCAUCCAGCUUCAUCAGCUGAAGUCAGUCUUGGAGGAGAGGUUCAACAUCUGUGACGAGGAGACCAGGAAAAUCUUCGAGGCUCUGGACUCUUCCAACAACGAGGAAGUUGGUUACUCCGAGUUCCUCGCUGCCAUGAUGUCGUCGCGCAUUCAAGUUCAUGAAGACUUGGUUCGGGCCGCAUUCCAGCGUUACGAUGAAGAUGAUUCGGGCUACAUCAGCGUGGAGAACCUGAGGCAGGUCUUGACGGAGAGUCUCGACAGCCCGGAAACGGCGGAAGAAAUGUUGAGCGGAGUGUCAGUCUUUGCUGGGGCGGAGCAGCGUGUUUC